CUUCCACAUGUUUGUGCCAAUAGGUUUUAUUGUAGUAAGGGUGUAUUCCUGCUCUGCGGUGUAAGUGCUCUCUACCUGUUUUUUUGUUUUGUUUUUUUCUUCCACGGGAAAGGACUCCCUUGUUGAACCAGAGUUGAGUGCAGUAGCGCUCUUUCCAGGGUGUGGCUCUGUGGGGUAGCAGUCAAGGAUGUGUCACACUGAACCAGGAUUUCAAUGAUCGUCAGUACUGAUGUGACCAUUUCACUGUCUGUAUGGAAAAUCAGUGUAAACUCAGUGUAGAUACGGACACUUAAAGGAACAACCAGUGAAUUGUAUUUCUCUGCCUCUGUGUAUCGGACAUUUUAUUCUUUUGUUCUCUGAAGGACGGUCACAAUGGCUAUGGUAUCGGAGAUCCUGGGACAACUCUCGCUCAACAUCGGGGCCCAUGAACCCACUUUCCCCACCGUGGUCCCCUUCAAGGACUUUGAUCCCGACAAAGAUGCCGCCAGAAUAGAGACUGCUAUCAAAACCAAAGGGGUGGAUGAACAGACGAUCAUUGACGUGCUGACGAAGCGGACCUACUCGCAAAGAACCGACAUCGCUUUUGCGUAUGAGAGGAGGGCAAAGAAGGACAUGGUCUCAGCCCUGAAGGGAGCGCUGUCUGGCUCUCUGGAAAGCGUGAUCCUUGGAUUGAUGAAGAGCACGGCCCAGUACGACGCCUCAUUGAUCCGAGGCUCCAUCAAGGGUGCAGGGACCGAUGAAGAGACUCUGAUCGAGGUUUUGUGCUCUCGCAGCAACAGCGAGCUGGUGGAGAUCAAGAAGGUCUACACGGAGCUGUUCAAGAAGGACCUGGAGAAAGACGUGGCAGGCGACACCUCGGGGAACUUUGCUAAGCUGCUCUUGGCUCUGGUGCAGACCAAGAGAGCAGAACCGUCCUCUGUUGUGGACUACGAAAAGAUUGACGAAGAUGCCAAAGCCCUCUAUGAGGCUGGGGUGAAGAUAAAAGGAACUAAUGUGCCAGUCUGGAUCUCCAUCAUGUCUGAGAGGAGCGUACCCCACCUGAAAAAGGUGUUUGAAAGGUACAAGAACUACAGCCCCUACGACAUGCAGGAGAGCAUUGUGAAAGAAGUUAAAGGAGACCUGCAAAAGUCCUUCUUGGUGCUAGUUAAGUGCUUUGAAAACAAACAGCUGUACUUUGCCAGCCUACUGAACGAAGCCAUGAAGAGCAAAGGAGCCAAAGAGAAGGUGGUGACCAGAAUUAUUGUGUCCCGCUGUGAGGUGGACCUGAAAAAGAUCUGCUCCGAAUACAAAACUAACUUUGGAGAGUCUCUCCAGAAGACCAUCCUGGAACACACCAAGGGAGACUACCAGAAGGUGCUGCUCGGCCUGUGUGGGCCAGAGGAGUGAAAUGAAUCACCAGUAUCAAAAGGGCCCCAGUUCACACCUCUGGGAAGGAGAACUGGAAAAGGGACCUCAUGAAUAUCAGACUUGCAAAAAAAGAAAACUGUUUAAUUUUUUUAAAGAGCCUGUCCUUUUUCUGCACACUUAUAAAUACAACAAUCAAGGAGAUGAGUUUGUAUCCUGAUAGAUGAAGAAUCUGUAUUAAAGCUUACUUUUGUUAUACCAAAACGCUUUGUUAGAGUAUCGGUCCUCACUUUCUUUAUGUCCGUUUAGUUCUUCCAUUGUUGUGUGUUGAUAACAUAGAUGACCUCUAGAGGGCGCUAUAGUAAAGCAAGAGCAGACUCCUGUGUCUCAGGCCUCAUGCUAUCUUCAUAUCUGCUGAAGAAACACAGAGACCGGGAAAUAUUGAUUAUAAUAAAGUAAUUCAUCUCAAAGUACAUUUCAUUAUGAUUAUUUCACAUAAUUGUUCUAGUAAUUUAAGUGUAAAUACAUUUAACGGUUAUCCAAAGAACACUUUUGCACAAGGGGUUGAAAUGUGGCUAUUUAGCAAUUUGAAAUGAUAGUAUUCAAAUUCCAAACUGCCAAAAACUGGAAGAUGUAUUACUUUUUGAAAACCGUUUCAUGUAUGAUCAAUACAGCAUCUUUUCACACAAAUCAUAAAGAUUCACAUAUUUCCACUACGAG